AACCAACUACUGACUCGGAGGGGCCGACUAGACUACUAGUAGAUUAUGACAAGACCCAUCCGGCCCAUGGAACCAUGGUUGACGGCGCUUAGGUGUGACAAAUCCUCCACCACUACUGCCUUUGUCGCCCUACUUCCUCGUGGCGCGAGUCAACAGGAUGGGGAAAUCCUCCACAUCGAUGGUUACCUUUGCCGCGCAAACCAUCAACAGUGGGUGAGGAAGAAUCCCGGAGUACUCUCGGAGAUACUAGGUGCAAAUGGUGUUAGUUCUUCCUCCUCUUCCAUUUCGCAUCACAGUUUUCAACUACGCUUUUCAUCGUUAGGGGUCUAGGGGGUAAAAAAAGUCGGCCGCAAAUUUGUGUGUGUGCGUACGCGGAAUGCAGAUAGGCUCCAAUGGGUCCUCCUACCCUACACGAGAGGGGGGACCAACUAACGAG